UCACACCCUAAUGAUGAUUCAAGUUCCAACUUUCAAAAUCGCAUCCUGUCCGUUACUUUGCUCUGUGAAGAACACUACUCGUUUCCGUUUGUCUAAUUGAUGUUGAAUCUAAGGCUUACUCGCAUUCUUCGUCGACCCUUAAUCCGAUUCUCAGCUUCUCCAAUCUCCAACGGCGAAACUGACGCAUCUAUCUCCACAUUUUCGUCGGAAACUCCUGCCUUCAAUCAUGGCCCAUUGAGAGAAGGAGUUUGUCAUGGCGAAGAUGACCACCUGUCAGGGGAAUUAACGCAAUUGGGUUUCGGAAAGUCGCCGCCUUUGAAUGUCAGUGAAGCUGAAUCUGGAGAAAUUCGAAACCCUAGAUUCAUUAGCUUUGACGAGAUAAAUGAAUUAACAGAAGAAGACGAUGAAGAAAGUCUCGACGAAUGGGACAAUGGUGAUGAUUUGUCUGUUCUGGAAUCUUUCGGGAAGAUCCCGCAAUCGAGAGAAGACGUAAGCCGUAGCUUCGACGUGGAAGAAGAUGAAUCUAGGCACCCUCUGGUGAGAGAGACGAACCGAUUGAUUAAUCUCAGGUCAUCUUGGAACCCAAAGCACGAAGGCGAAAUGAGGAAUCUUCUAAGGAGCCUUAAACCACCGCAAGUCUGCGCCGUUCUACGCUCGCAAGACGACGAGCGUGUUGCUCUCAAGUUCUUCUACUGGGCGGAUCGUCAGUGGCGGUAUCGCCACCACCCCGUUGUGUAUUACUCCAUGCUCGAGGUUCUUAGCAAGACUAAGCUCUGUCAAGGUGCGAGAAGAGUUCUUGUUUUGAUGAAACGUAGAGGUAUACAUCGAACCCCUAAAGCCUUUUCGCUUGUGAUGGUAUCGUAUAGUAGAGCAGGUCAGCUGAGGGAUGCUUUGAAGGUGUUGACUCUUAUGCAGAGAGCUGGUGUUGAGCCUGACUUGUUGGUUUGCAACACGGCUAUUGAUGUUUUCGUGAGGGCGAAUAGGUUGGAGAAAGCUUUACGGUUUAUGGAACGAAUGCAGGUUAUUGGUAUAGUGCCAGAUGUGGUGACUUAUAAUUGUUUGAUCAGAGGGUAUUGUGACUUGCGUCGAGUUGAGGAAGCUGUUGAGCUACUCGAGGAGAUGCCUAGUAAAGGAUGUGCGCCGGAUAAAGUUAGUUACUAUACCAUAAUGGGCUUUCUUUGCAAAGAGAACCGUAUUGUGGAAGUGAGAAACUUGAUGGAGAAAAUGGCGAAAGAGCAUGGUCUGGUGCCGGAUCAAGUCACUUACAAUAAUCUUAUUCAUAUGCUCACAAAGAAUGGUCAUCCUGAUGCGGCUCUUUUGUUUCUUAAAGAGGCUGAGGGAAAAGGGUUUCGGAUUGAUAAGGUGUGUUAUAGUGCUAUAGUUCAUGGAUUGUGCAAAGAAGGAAGAAUGUCUGAGGCAAAAGAUCUCAUUAACGAAAUGCUGUCAAAGGGACAUUGCCCUCCCGAUGUAGUGACUUAUACAACAGUUGUCAAUGGCUUCUGUCGUUUGGGUGAGGUGGACAAAGCCAAGAAGCUGCUUCAGGUUAUGCACGCACAUGGAUACAAACCAAAUACUGUGUCGUACACGGCUCUGUUAAAUGGGAUGUGCAGAACGGGGAAAUCGUUAGAGGCAAGAGAGAUGAUGAACAUGAGUGAAGAGCAAUGGUGGAGUCCAAACUCUAUUACCUACAGCGUACUUAUGCAUGGGUUUCGUAGAGAAGGGAAGUUGUCUGAGGCUUGCGAUGUGGUAAGAGAGAUGGUACUAAAAGGUUUUUUCCCAGGCCCAGUUGAAAUUAACUUACUGCUCCAGAGUCUUUGCCGGGAUGGGAGAACACACGAAGCCAGAAAAUUCAUGGAGGAGUGUCUGAACAAGGGGUGUGCUAUUAAUGUCGUGAAUUUCACUACAGUGAUUCAUGGUAUUUGUCAGAACGAUGAGGUAGACGCUGCUCUCUCACUGCUCGAUGACAUGUACCUGAUCAACAAACACGCAGAUGUCUUCACAUAUACCGCUUUAGUUGAUGCACUGGGAAAGAAAGGUAGAAUAGAAGAAGCAACGAAACUUCUGAACAAGAUGCUUCAUAAGGGCAUAGAUCCCACCCCUGUCACAUACAGGACUGUCAUCCAUCGAUACUGCCAAAUGGGAAAGGUUGAUGAUCUCGUGGCUAUACUGGAGAAGAUGCUACUGCGGCAGAAAUGCAGGACAGUUUAUAAUCAAGUCAUUGAGAAGCUUUGUGGUUUGGGAAAGCUUGAGGAGGCAGACAAAAUUUUGGGUAAAGUUCUGAGGACAGCCUCAACAUCUGAUGCUAAGACAUGUUAUGUACUUAUGGAAGGGUAUCUUAAGAAAGGUGCACCUCUAUCAGCAUAUAAAGUGGCUUGUCGGAUGUUUAACCGGGAUCUGAUACCUGAUGUUAAGAUGUGUGAGAAGCUUAGCAAGAGACUGGUUCUGGAAGGAAAAGUUGAGGAGGCAGAUCAGCUAAUGCUACGUUUGGUUGAGCGUGGUCGUCUUUCUCCCAUUCCCUUAAAACAGUCCAUGGUAUCAUAAGCAUCUGUUUCGAUUUACUUUCAUCAUCGUAACCACAAACUUCUUGGUAAACUUCUUGAGGGCUCAUGCGAAAAGAGUGAUGGAAUAUAACUACAUGCUGUUGUAUUUGGUCGCUGGUUAGACACGACUUCCAGGUCUCAAGCCAAGCACCUAGGCUCUCACUCCGGAGCGGUCAAGGAUUUGGUAGUUGAUGCUCUUGGCUACCAGUUAUCCUGCUUCACAUACUCCUGGAAGCGACCCGUUAACUACUCACUGUUUCAAAUUUAAGUGAAAACUUACUAUCAAGUUUUAAUGUCUCUGUCCUCUUAAGUUUUUCUUACUAUAGUUAAGGUCACCUAUUGUUUCUCUGUGUUUGCAUUUGUGUCCGCAUGUCAUAAUAGUUAGAACAUUGUAAUAUGGGAUACGCAAACGAAAAUGCAAAUAACCGAUUGUGGCCUAAAUCAUGUUUCUUUCUGA